UCAUAAUUAAACGAAAUAUUUCACAGAAAAAAACACACACACACUGAGAGCUGCGAAGCGGUGGAUUCAGGUGUUUGUGUUUGAAAAUGGCGACUAGUUUGUGGGCAACCAGAGCUGCUUCUUUCCUACGGAUCAAUGUUCCUUGCAGAGGCUUUGCUACCGUUCUGAAGGAUCUAAAGUAUGCUGAUUCUCAUGAAUGGGUGAGAGUGGAUGGGAAGUCGGCUACCGUGGGUAUUACUGAUCAUGCUCAAGACCACCUGGGUGAAGUUGUAUACGUCGAACUACCCGAGGAGGGGAGUAAGGUAGAGCGAGGUGCAAGUUUCGGUGCUGUUGAGAGUGUCAAAGCUACCAGCGAUGUGAACUCGCCUGUUUCAGGGAAAGUGGUCGAAGUUAACACAAAGCUUAGUGAUUCUCCUGGUUUGGUAAAUACGAGCCCUUACGAAGAUGGAUGGAUCAUAAAGGUAGAGCUGGAGGACGACAGCGACCUCCCCUGUUUAAUGGACCCCGAACGCUACACCAAGUUCUGUGAAGAAGAAGAUGCUAGCCACUGACAAAUUUCAAUGCCACAAUAAUCACUUUCUUUGAAGGGAUUUUGGAUUUUAUAUUUUAUUCUCUCUUUCAAGUUUCCUUGUUUCUUGUUGUGUUUGAACAUUUGGACAAUGGUGAUAAAUGGCUGCAGUUAUUCUCCUUUUGUUU